GGGCAACCAAACUGAGCCUUAUUUUAUAAUUUUUUGGAUGUCCCUCCUAAUACACAAAUUACAACCCUACCAAUAUAUAAUAGAAUUUUUGACUUUUUCAUCUUCAGAUCGCACGUACAAAAUCGAACCCUAGUCCAAGAACACAAAUCGCACUCCAGCUUCAUCUCCCUCGGCAGAGUUAUAAUCUGGGUCCAUAGGUCAGAUCGCUGGCGCAUCUGCGGAACUCAUACACAUCUCCGACCGUGAGAACGAUGAACCCCUAAUUUCACAAAUGCUGUCAGCACCUAAACCUAGCGAUCCUUUCAUUUGCUCGGAGCUGAAAAAUCUGCAAGUCUUAGUCCACGCAGGGCAUGUACUUCUUCUGCCUGACCUACUAGGUUAAAGCCAUUAUCUUUUUGCUGGAGAAUCUUGAGAGUAGCACUGUUUUGCUUCUUUUCUGGAGGAAAAAAAAAAUGCGAGUUCUUCUCCGUGCAUUGACACAGCUUUCCAUCAAACCCUCAAAGUUACACACCCUCAGCCCUUUCCCUGCUAUCCAGAGAUCCUUUUCUACUCAGGAUGAAGGCGGAAAAAAGGAGUCUGAUUGGACAGCCCAUUUUGGUGGAACUGGGUCGUCAGGCUCUGACUCGCUUGGAUGGGAUGUGGGCCCCUCAUCGUGGUCCACUGGGCUCACGAAGGAACACUUUGAUGGUGAAGUAGUUGGGCAGCAGGUGAGUGCGGGUGCGGGCCAGAGAAAGCCCGGUACAGGUGGGCCCAAGGAUGGGUGGUAUUCAAAUGCAAGGUGGACUGAUGAGGAAGUCAAGAGAAUGAACGAAUUGGAGGCUGCGAAUCGUGAGGGGAAGGCUUUCGUAGAUAGCUGGGAUGAUAGAAUGGACGAAAUGACUGUGUUGAUGAAGCAGGCGAGGGAGCCUGGGGCCAGGGGUUCGUACUUGAAAGAUUCAGAGAAAGCAGAGAUGUACAAGAAGCACAAAGAGAAUCCGGAAGAGUACACAGUGGAAAGGCUGGCAAAGGAAUACAGGAUCAUGAGGCAGCGAGUGCACGCGAUUUUGUGGCUGAAGGAGGAUGAGGAGGAGGUGGAGAAGAAACUCGGUCACCCAUUGGAUGACUCUGUCGAGCAAUUACUCGAUACUUGUCCCGAGUUUUUUAACUCCCAUGAUAGAGAAUUCCACGUAGCAGCCCUGCCAUACAAACCGGAUUUCAAGGUCAUGCCUGAGGGUUGGGAUGGCACCACGCGGGACCCAGAUGAGGUGCACUAUGAGAUCUCAAUGAAAGAAGAUGAAAUGCUGUACCAAGAAUUUGUUCAGAGGAUGAAUUUUAACAAGAUGAAGAUGGCGAAGAAGGUGAAAUGCCACAAGUACAGCCGAAAGCGUCCAGACGAAGGCUGGAAUUUCACGGUUGAGAAACUCGGUAAGAAGGGGAAGCGUGGUAAUGGGGGUGGCUGGAAGUUUGUGAGUGAAGCCGAUGGUUCGACUCGACCUCUGAACGAGUUUGAAAAAAUGUUUGUCAAGAGAGAGACACCUCGCAGGCGAAAGAAAAUCCUCCCAUGAUGAUUUUCAUCUGAAUACAGUCUAGUCUCUCUGUAGUAGCUGUUUGAGUGAAAGAGUUGAAGAAUUGAGUUGCUUAGUCAAAUGAAACAUUUUUUUUGGGGGUUAAUUUUUCCUGAAAUAAUACAUGCACAAUGCUUUUCCAUAUUUUCUAAUGUUUUUUUGUGUUGUGCACUUGUGCUGGUUAUUGCACCUCUAGCUUUUCAUAUUUGAUUGUGGUAAUUGAGGAUUUAGUUUCGGAUUAUUGUUCCAUUGCGUGCUUGGAAAAAAUGAUAAUAGUGGAAUUAUUUUUGGUAUUACAACAUUGCCCCUUUAUAUCUAAGAAUUAAAAAUAAAAAAAAC